GAAGGUGCUUUGCUUUGGGGAUCCUGAGGACAUGGUCCCCAGAAGGUGUGACACAAGAAAUGGGGCAGGAGGUGGCCUCUGGAAGGCCCCCAUGUGCCCCCCACUCAGGAUGUGUGGGUCCGGGCUCUUCCUCCUCUGUCUGCCAGCAGCUCUCCUGGUCCAGGGACAGUACAGCAGGUUUGAAGGCAUCACCUACCCCGAGCCGGUCCAGUAUUCCCAGUAUGACCAGCAGUCAGAAAUCCAGGAUUAUUAUGACUAUCACGAUGUCACCCCCCGUGCCCCCGAGGAGCAGUUUCGGUACCAAUCCCAGCAGCAAUCCCAGCAGGAAAUCGUCCCAGCCCCAACCCCAGCUGUUGCCCCCGAGACGGAGCCCACAGAGCCCGGUCCCCUCGACUGCCGGGAGGAGCAGUACCCCUGCACCCGCCUCUACUCCGUCCACAAGCCCUGCAAGCAGUGCCUGAACGAGAUCUGCUUUUACAGCCUCCGCCGGGUUUACGUGAUCAACAAAGAGAUCUGCGUCCGCACUGUCUGCGCCCACGAGGAGCUCCUGAGAGCUGAUCUCUGCCGUGACAAGUUCUCCAAGUGUGGGGUGAUGGCCACCAGUGGGCUCUGCCAAACCGUGGCCGCCUCCUGCGCCCGCAGCUGCGGGGGGUGCUGAGCUGCAGGGUGAGGG